GUUAAUGUUGAAGAAGGAAAAUGCGGAAGUCGUCAUUUGACAAGUUUUAUAAAUGAGAAUUAUUUGAAGCUCAGGAAUAAGUGAAGCUGAAAUUUGAAAAAAAAAGAAUGUGAAUGCAUGCUAAUUAUCAGACCAGAAGUCCCACUUAUAGAAUAUUGAGCAAUUUGUGUGAAGUGGGGAAGAUGAAAGAAGUCAGAAUUUGAAACGGAAGAAUGAAGAAAAGGAAUAAAAAUGAAGUUAAGAUAAGAAGUAAUCUGGAAUCUGAAAGCACUACGCUAAGUAAUUACUAGUCUGUUUAUGUGUCCCUGUAUAUUUUGCUAAACAUGCAUGCAUUAUCUGUUUAACAGCAAAAGUAUAUGCAGGGUAAAGAAGUGCCUACCAGGAAAAAAACUUCUUAAAAUCUAGGCAGUUCUAAUUCCAACUGCCCGGACACAUAAUUGAGAUUUUGCCAUUUAUUUCACUGGAGCUUGUUUACAGAUUUCAGAUCACCCAGAAAUUGUGUACAAAUUAGACUUUCAAUAUCUGCAUGCAGGAAUCCCGUUCUGCUUCCAGAAGCGGAAGUGCUCAUGGGUCUGGCAAGUCUGGAAGGCAUACUCCUGCAAGAUCUCGAUCCAAGGAGGACUCAAGGCGAUCCAGGUCAAAAUCUAGAUCCAGAUCUGAAUCUAGGUCUAGGUCAAGGAGGAGUUCUCGUAGACACUAUACAAGAUCCCGUUCCCGCUCUCGCUCUCACCGGAGGUCCCGAAGUAGGUCUUACAGUCGGGAUUAUCGACGACGACACAGUCAUAGCCAUUCCCCUAUGUCUACUCGCAGGCGUCAUAUUGGAAACCGGGCAAAUCCUGACCCAAACUGCUGUCUUGGUGUGUUUGGACUGAGCCUGUAUACGACUGAAAGGGAUCUCAGAGAAGUGUUCUCCAAGUAUGGCCCAAUUGCAGAUGUUUCCAUUGUGUACGACCAGCAGUCUAGGCGUUCAAGAGGAUUUGCGUUCGUAUAUUUUGAAAAUGUUGAAGAUGCGAAGGAAGCUAAAGAGCGUGCCAACGGAAUGGAACUGGAUGGGAGAAGGAUCCGAGUAGAUUUCUCCAUAACAAAAAGACCUCAUACUCCUACGCCUGGAAUCUACAUGGGGAGACCUACUUACGGCAGCUCCAGAAGGAGAGAUUACUAUGACAGGGGAUAUGACAGAGGGUACGAUGAUCGGGAUUAUUACAGCAGGUCAUAUAGAGGAGGAGGUGGAGGAGGAGGAGGAGGAGGGUGGAGAGCUGUCCAAGACAGAGAUCAGUUUUACAGGAGGCGAUCACCAUCACCAUAUUACAGCCGAGGAGGUUACAGAUCUCGUUCCCGAUCUCGAUCCUAUUCGCCUCGUCGCUAUUAAAACAUGGAAUUUCAAAGAAUUUCUGGUUACAGCCCUUGAGUUGAAAUCGCAAACUUGUGGACAAUAUUUUUAUUGUCUCUUCUGUUUCAAAAGUGAACAGUGCCUAGUGAAUAGGUGACUUUGACACCUUUUAUGAAGACUACUUUUUGGUGAUGUUAAAACGCUGUUUCAUUCUGCAUAUCUGUUGUGUAGUUUGGUGCUUUGUUCAGAGUUGUGUUUUGAGAGGAGUAUGUUUUGCAUGUAUUUUUUUAGUCUCAAUUUUGACUGCUAAAACGUUUCUAUUGUAAAAAGGAAAAAAAACCAACCUGUUCAUUUAAAGUUUUUUCUACUGAUUCCAGGGUAUUCUGAAGAUCAAAACCUGUGUAAAAUGCUUUCAAAUGGUAAAAAUAAACAUUUUGAUUUUUACUUCCUUUACAACCUCA